GGAAUUCUCUUUUGAGUGUGUGCCAUGCAGCUUGAUUCAUUCUGUCUUCACCCAUAAACAUGGAUGCCAUUUGUAAGGAACUCCGCUGUCCCAUAUGCCGAGACAUAUACACUACACCUAUUUUGGAGCUGUCCUGUGGCCACAACUUCUGCAAAAAAUGUGUCCAAAAAGCUCUGGAUGCUCAAUGUGGUUUUCAACGACAGUAUGUCUGCCCUGUGUGCAGCAAGGUGACAAAACUGCAUGGCAAAGGAAUUGAGGGCAUUAAAAGAAACAUGUUUGCUGAAAAUAUGGUGCGUAGUGUCACAGCAGAAGCUCACAGACUUAUUGAAGGACUGAAAGGCAAUGACCUGUGCUUCAAACAUCUUGAACGGGAAGAUCUGUAUUGUCUUGCGGACAACCAACCAAUCUGCUGCAACUGCAAGGCCCUUGGCACUCAUGUUGGCCAUGACGUUGUCAGGAUAGAGGACAUAUAUGAGGAUAGAAAAGAGAGGUUCGCCAAAGAGCUGGAGAGUCUAGUCUACACAUGUGGCCAGAAUGCAAACCUUGCUGUGGACGUGGAACGCAAUAUGCAGGCUCUGGAUGCCAGCAAACAGUUCACUCAAAACUUUGUGAAGAGUGUUGGAGAUAGCCUGGUCAUGGAAAUCCAGACCAAAGUGGCUUCGCUCAUGGAGCGCAUCGAUUCGGAGGGUCGCACAAUGUACAAGAAGAUGCAGGAGGACCUGCAGGUGUUACACGAGCCCCGAAAGCUGUGUGAGGAGAUGAUUGCGCUUGUUCAACAGAGCAAAACGGCCCACGGCUUUCUGAAAAAGGAGGCCGGCCUGAGGGCAAGAGCAGAGAAGCUGGAGAAGUGCCCUCAGUUAAAGCCACACUAUGUUUCUCAUGGCAAAUACGUCGAAAAACUUUUGUCUGGCGUUGAUGUGAAAAGUCAGAAGGGGAAGGAAAAGACUCUUGUACAGAGAGCAAGCAAGACCCUGAAACACUGGAAGUCUGACGUGAAAGGCUUUGAUGCUACAGCUUACCGAAAUCUAGAUGUGAUGCUGAAAAACCUCUAUGUUGAGAGUCGGCCUGAGGAGGAGGACUCAGAUGCUGUGAGUUGGGACUUUGACAGCACUGAUGAUGAUGAUGAGGAGCACUCCAAACAGGCUUGGGUCUGAGGUGAUGGGGAGGAGAAAGAGCUGCAGGGAGCAGAGAGCAACGUCUAAGUGAAGAAGUUUUGAAUAAAAUGUGAUUGCAUCUAACAAGA